AUGUAUACAGGGCACAAAAAGGCACACAGGUCAACUCUGAAUUCGAACUUCCCAUUUGACGAAGAAGAACUACAACAGACAGAGAGAGCUAGAAACCAUUUAACUGAACUGCACAUUAAUGGAAUAAACUAUUUCCCUCAAAUCAUCUUUCAAUGCAGCACAUUAAAGGCUAUCUUCUUAAAUGACAAUUAUAUUGACAUGUUACCAGACAAUAUAAGUAACUUGGUUUCCAUGAGACAAUUAUCAUUGUCUCAUAACCAUGUGAAGACACUACCAAAAAGCAUAGGGGGCUGUUUAAUGUUAACAAUAUUGCAGAUGGACCACAACAGACUGAAAAGAAUUCCAGAAUCUAUUGGGAACUUGAGUUGCCUGGAAAAAUUUGAUGCAUCUUCAAACAUGUUGGAUGUCUUGCCAUCCACCUUCUGUAGAUGUAAUAAGCUUACCUACAUAAACAUGGCAAACAAUGUGUUACAGGCUCUCCCUCUAAACAUUGGGAAUCUGGAACAUGUGCAACACUUUGACUUGCAAGCAAACAAAGUAUCAUGUCUGCCUCUAACUUUUGAUAGGAUGAGAACUCUGAGGAAGUCAACCUCAAAACUUGUCCUAAUAGAAAAUCCCUUAAUACAUCCACCCUUAGAAGUGUGUUUACAACUUGGAAUGUAUGGAAUUCAUACAUAUCUGAAAGAGCUAAGACGGUCUGACGCACACAAGAUGAACUACCAGAAGCUAGUUUUGGUGGGGGAAACCAUGGCAGGAAAAACAAGCUUAGCACAAACGUUGAUGAAUAGCAGUUCACAACUCACGACAGAUCAGCAGCGUACUGUUGUUUUGGAGCAGCACACAUGGCCAGCAGAAGGAGGGCUGGAAAUACAGAUCAAUGACUUUGGUGGUCAUGAGAUGUACCACCUCACAAGUCCUUGCUUCUUUACUCCUAAUGUUCCCUACCUGCUUAUCUUUGACAUCAAGAAGUACACACGUCAAACCCAUCAUAAAGACAUAGGGUGUUGGAUAGACAUUGUCCGAAUGAAGGUCCCAAGAGCCACUAUACGUAUGGUGGGAACUCACCAAGAUGAAUGUUCCUCUGAAGAAAUUGGGGAGAAGCUGCAGUAUAUUGCACAGACAGUACAGAAUGAUGAGGCAAAAUGGAAAGCAGACAUCACAUCCCAGCUUGACAUGAUUGAGAGCAAUGAAUGUUUAGGGGAUCUUGCAAGACAACACCGACAAGAAUGUCUUCAAACCCACCUGAACAAUCUUCCCAAUCUGCAUGAGCCUGACAGUCCUGUAGAAAUAAGAACAGUUAGCUCAUCUGAUCUCGGUGGCAUAGAUAGUUUAAGUUCAGACAUUCGUGAGCUAUGCAAGCAAGUCGGGUCAAACAGGCAAGACACUAUUCCAAAAAUUUGGUUUGACCUAUAUGAGAUGCUACAGGGCACAGAGUAUGACAACCAGCAUUUUGUGCACUUGGAUGACCUGCAACCCUACUUAAAAGAAUUGGAUGAACUAGAGGCUUUGAAACUACAUGAAGCUCCUACACAAAAACUUGAAUCAGAAUCUGAUGAUGAGUUCUACAUGUAUGAAGAAGAAUCUGAUACUGAAUCAGAUGAUGACGGAGAUGAUACUACUGGUGAGGAACUGAAUGUUGCACUAAAAACACAAUGCUGUAUGAAAGUGCCUUCAUGCCAUUAUCAGGAAACAAAUGCUGCUAAGAAAGAUGUAUGUAGCAAGAAUGAAGGGAACAAAAAUGAUGCAAAUGCCCAUCAGCCUCUUGUAUUCCCCUCUGAUAAGUCUGAAACAGUAAAAUACAGAGAAGAAUCAAUGUGCCUUGCUCCUGUCAGUAAAAGAUUGAUUGCUGCCCUUCACUACCUCAAUGCAGUUGGAUUGAUCACAUGGUAUCCUGACGAUGAAAAGCUUAAGAAUCUCAUUUUUCAUCGUCCCGCCAAACUGGUGGAAAUCUUCAAAGCAAUCAUCAACCACGACAUAAAAAAACAACUGGACUUUAAAGAUGUCGUGUUUUCCACAGUUGGGCAGUUCUCCAAACAGGGAUUUGCCAGAGCUGUGCAGGAGUUUGAAAGCACAGCGAAUCUUUCUGUAGCAAUAGUCAGGUGCCUGUGGCACAAGCUUGGAUUCAGCAAGGAGGACAUAGAAAGCCUCAUCAAGCUCAUGAUCAAGUUUGACAUUUGUUAUGAGGUCCUAGAAUCCAAAGUAGCACCAGGUUUGCAAUCUUCACAUUCGCUCCACAUCCCAUGGUAUCUGUCUGCUGACCCUCCCCAAGACCUGUCCAGAAUGUGGCCCCAACCUCCUCCUGAUGACUACCAACAGCUGACAAUGCAGUACCACUUCCCAACAUUCUGCCCAAGAGGCCUGUUUGAGAGAGCAUCUGUCAGAUUACACCGUCACAUCGCACAUCGUGUCAACUGGAAAAAUGGCGUGUGGGCAGAGGUAGACAACAGACAAAUCUUGUUGACCAGAGCAACAAUAGAUGACGAAAGUGGAAGAGAAGUGGUUUUCAACCUGUCUGUACGCGCACAAGUCACUGCACAGGAACCUAGACACACUGAUGACAUCUCACAACUCUGGAAAACAUUCCUCUCCAUUCAUCGAGACAUGCAGAGUCUCAUCCAGGACUGGCCAGGACUGAGGUGUGACCUGUUCCUCCAGUGUGCACACUGUGCAAAGAUGGGGAAAGACAAACCAGGUCUCUUCCCAGGUGAGGUUCUGGAGCAACAAUGUCAACAGGAUGUUAGGACUGUUCCAUGCCCUCAGUAUCCAGUGAUAUUUCCUGUCCCAAAAGUGAGCACAGAUCUUGUCUACCCACCAAAGUCAUGUAUGGAAAAAGAACAAUACUUCGUGACAUAUUCUGCAGGCGUAUCAAGUGAGACAUCUGUCGAUCAUGCUUCCAGUCCUGUGUCAGAAAUGGACAGGUUACACCUAGGAGUCGAUAUCCUUCAAGAAGUGACUGCCCUGGUCCAGAAGAAGUACCCAGGGAUCAGCUUUGUUCCAAGCAGAGACAGGCAAGACGAGGCACAGCGUACAACGACAGUGAGAGAAUUCCACGACCAGCUGUCCAGCCGAGUUCAACACUUCUCCAGUGUCACAGACUACAGCAUUGACUAUGAGGACUUCCCUACAAUCACAGAGAGAAUGAAGUCUGUGUGUUUGUUAGUAUGCCCAGAAGGGACAGCAACUGGUUUUCUGGUAGGACCAAAGCAUGUCAUGACCAAUUACCACUUCCUUCAACUGUAUGUUGAACCUGCUCUGAGGACAAACAAUAAUCCAGAUAGAUAUACCGCAACUUUUCACUUUUCCUCCAUGCAAACAUUCCGUACACGGUUUUGCCCAACGUACUAUCUUUCCUACGAUGCAGAACUAGACUAUGCCAUACUUGAACUAGAACAUGUUCCACCCCAUGCAGCACCCCUAGGCCAGUUUGUGUCAGAGUUACAUGUAUGUCACCAGGAUGGAGUAGUGAUUGUUGUUGGUCAUCCAGGUGGUCAGAGAAAACGAGUUGACUUCUGUCCUAUUGCUGUAGUUGACCAAAACUUUGAGGUCCACAUACGCAAUGUCAGAGGAAUUCCAGACAACCCUACAGACUUCCCCGGACAGGUAGCUGGCAGGGCUAACUAUCACACUUCCAGCAUGUUCCAUGGGUCCUCUGGUUCCCCUGGCUUCGACAAGAGUGGUAAUCUUGUUGUUAUGCAUACCAGGGGUUUCUUCCCUUAUUCCAACUCUCCGAGCAUUGUAGAACAGGGGGUGCUAAUGACAAGCAUUAGAGAGCAUGUAGGGAGGACCCUUGGAAAUGACACAAGGUUUAGUGAAAUGUUCCCACCUCAGAUGAUGGACAUUGGGUAAAACAGUAUGGCAGCACAGAUGGUGCAUGCAUGUACAGUACUGUAAGGCCACACCGAUUUAAUUUGUUGUUUCUCAGAUUAUUUCAGAAAAAAUCAGGAGCGACAGGGCA